AUGACCGUUUCCCCUCCUCCCCCUCGUCCAUCAACUACACCACCUCCAUUAUGGAAACAAUUCUCCAACUUCACCAACAAUUCCCCCGCUGGACUGGAGAAGCUGCUCCGGCUUCUCCAAGCGCUGGCGCAGAUCGUGUCCGAAGUGUCGAUGUCGUCGUCUCCGGCGCUGGCGGUGCAGUGCGCUGUCGCGAAGACGCAGUUGGCGUUGGCGCGACGGUAUUUCCGAUUCUUCAAGUUUAUCGACUCGUUUGAGCAUGCUUUUGCUGCUUUGUCUCCUGCGUCAGCUAGCAGCAGCAGCAGCAGCAACGAUUCCGGGUCAGGGUUUAUCUGGAGAUCCGUCGAAGCCGGAAAAUGGAGCUGUUUGGGGCUGUAUUUCCUGUUGGAGGAUCUGACGAUUCUCGAUGCAAUGGGCAUCUGGAGCACGACCUGGAGUCGCGACGUCUUCGUCUCAGCGAACCAGUUCUGGUUCUACGCGCUGACGCUGUCGCUAAUCGGGUCGAUCUGGACGUUGAUCUCGUCGCCAGUUCCUGAGUCUGAGUCAGAGAAAAAGAAGAAGGGCAGCGAGCCGCCAUCAGCAGAAAAAGACGAAAAGACUCCAAACACUCUCGCCAGGAAGCACACUCCAGAUCGGACACCGCUGCUCAAGCGCAUUGUCGUCGAUGGCUGCGAUCUGCUCAUCCCGGGGUCGUUUGUCGGCUGGAUCGGGGCAACUCCGACGCAGGUGGGUGUCGCGAUGGUGGUCAGUACGGUGGUGGCGGCGCAGGAUAUUUGGGUCACGGCGCAGCAGUAG